GCUCUUCGCGUGGGCGGCGCUGCGCGGUUCCGUCUCUUCUCCCUCCCACGCACCCUCCUGCCCUUGACUCUUACGGAUCGUGGGAGGAGGGAGAGGAGAAGCAGCAGCAGCAGCAGCAAACCGCUCCCGUUCCGAGGUCGCGGCGACCGAUAUCUGUGCGUUUUCCGUUCCGGACUGUUUCUCCAUGCCCGCUCCGCGGCUCCGACGCGGGGCGGACUUGAGUGCAGCGGCGGCGGUCGUGUGGCACGUUAACGCGCGCGGCGGGUCUCUCCGGCGGGCCAUCCCGAACACGGGAUGCUGAACGGGAGCCGCGAGGGUUUGUUUGAACUGGGCAGGCAGCUCCAGCGGGAAGGAGACUCCCGGGCCGCUCUGCACUGCUUUUUGAGCUGCCUGCUGGGACUCACACACGUGCAGAGCUUCCACUCGCUUCCCAACUGCCUGCAUCAGAUCGCUGAACUCUACAUUGACGACAAGAACUAUGGGAAAGCUCUGCAGUUCAUUCAGGCGGAGAAGAUGUUCUACGAAGUGGCAUUGAUCGAGCUCACCUCGCUGCAGGCCAGCACAGGGUCUCAGGAAGAGGGGACAUUGGGAACGUCAGGAUGUCUGUCUCAAGAGGAGUUAUCGGAACAGGCUUCACAGGCCCAGGAUCUUGAGAGACUGGCUCAGCUCUGCAUCAUGAGCAAAAGACCCCACCUUGCUUUAGAAUACAGUGGCAAGGCCACUAAAAUCCACCAGAGGGCUUUCGGUAACGAUCACCCCAUCACAGCGCGGAGUCUGGAGCUGCUGGCCACCGUCUACGCUGAGAUCGGAAAAACUGAAUACACAAAUUCAUUGGGAGAGUGUGUGUCGACUCUUUCCAAAAGGUUCUCGGCCACCGAGUCGUUCAGCGACGCUCUCAGCAGCAUCUCUCAUAGCCAUAAGGACAGACACUCUGAGCUACGGCACAGAAAAGAGCCAUACGUACAACAGGAAACUCCUAAAACGAAGGUCACAAAUGAAAAACCGCCCACUUCCAUCCUGAAAAGGUCUAACGUGAGCAACGCGGAGUCGGACUCGUCGCGCAAGAGAAAAACCGAGAGGCGGGUUCGCUUCAGAGAGCCGGAGAUCACCGUUCACGACAUUCCAUACUAUGACUGUUUAGGAGUCUACGACUCUCCCCAGAGCCGUCUGCACCUGGCCCUGCUCACCUGCCUGUUCCUGCUUCUGUCUGCGCUGGGUCUGGCGCUGUACUGCACGGACCGCCGGAGACCCCAGCGCGCCUGCGAAGAGCUGCAGACGGCACUGGCUGUGUACCUGCUUCAGUUCAAACAGAUCGUUUGGGCCUGCUGGAUCUGGCUGACCAUGCAAUGACCGUAACUGACCACAGGAGGCAGCGGCGGGCAGGAAAACAAAAAAAAAAAAAAAAAAACAACAACAGCAUAAAAGGUCAGGAUGCUUUCUGAAGGACUGUGGAGGAAAUAGAAGAUGAAGGUCCUCUUGUUUUUUUAUUGCUUUGUUUUCACUGUUAUAAUCAGACUGGCCACCAGUCGAAUUCUUCGAGGAUGUUCAACAUCCAUCUCUUUUAUUUUGUGGUCGAUUAAAAAGCCACGCGCUUUUCCGCACCAUUAAGGGAUGGUGUGCCUUUUUGCCCUUUAUGGUGGCAUAGCUAAUGCCACAUCCUCAUCAUAACGAGCGUAUAUAUAUAUAUAUAUAUAUAUAUAUAUAUAUAUAUAUAUAUAUAUAUAUAUAUAUAUAUAUAUAUAUAUAUAUAUAUAUAUAGAUCUCUGUAUGUAGCUCUUUUUCCUCAUAUAGUGGUUCUGGAUGAUACGCUUUAAAAGGAACGGCUCACCAAAAAUGACCAUUUGCUGAAAAUGUCCGAAAUGUAGUACGUUUCUUUGUCAGAACAGAUUACGAAAAACUUAGCAUCACGUCGUUUGCUCAGCGAAUGGGUGCCGUCAGAGUCCAAACAGCCGAUUAAAAACAAUCCAUCGGUUAACUUUCGGUGAAGCUAAAAAGAGAAGCGAAUUCAUCGUUGAGGCGUUUUAAACUUUUUUUAAUUGGGAAUUGCUGUGAUGUCUCACUCUGACGGCACCCAUUCGCUGCAGAGAACCCAUGGAUGCGCAAGUGAUGCAGCGCUAAACACCUCCGGAUCUGUUGCGGUUGAAGAAACGCUCGUAUAAACCCCGAGUGCAUUUUCAGCGCAUUUUGAUUUCAGGCUGAAUUUUUCCUUUGAAGCGUAUUUUUCCACGGAAUACUUGUGCAGCAAUAUUGCUUCAAACCUUUAGCGGAGAAACCCAAUGAAUGAAUUGCGUACACAGGUAGAGCCCGACUGAUGUAUCAACAGGUCAGUAUUAGGCGUGCGAGACGUUGAACGGCCGUACUGGUCUUUGAGAAGCAAUAUGAAAAAGAGCCAUGUAUUGAGUACAUGCUUAAUAUCGCGUGCGUCGUCACGAAUAGUUACAUUUUAGUGACAUUUAGAGAACGCUAAUAUAGAAAUAGACACACAAACAUCGCACGCGCUUAUAGAAUGAGUAAACUAAUGGCUGGAUCGUUUCCUUUGCUUUACGUAAUAUUUACCUCAAAGUUUUGUAUCAAAAAUGGUCGAUUUCCGAAGCGCUAUUUUUUGUCUUCGGAUAUAAAUAGCCGCAUAAGGGCUUUCCGGUUCGAAGAGUGAAUUCAGGAAACUGCUGAAAUAUAUGUACCGCAUUGCAAAAAUAAACACAGGAUUGAGUUGGAAA